AAUAUCGUAUUCAUAUGAAUGCAAUUUUGAUUUUCUCUCAUGUGGUAUUGUUGUCUGUUUUCAGUUUUGUCACUGAGGAACACGCAAGAAGAAGAGCCACCAGAUCCGCAGUUAAUGAGGCUGGACAACAUGCUGAUCGCCGAGGGGGUCGCUGGACCUGAAAAGGGCGGUGGUGCGGGGGCUGCCGCAUCGGCAUCCGCGGCAGCUGCGGCCGGUCCACCCGGGCAACCGGACAACGCGAUCGAGCAUUCGGACUACAGGGCCAAGCUAGCUCAGAUUAGGCAAAUUUAUCAUCAAGAAUUAGAAAAAUACGAGCAGGUUCGUACGAGAGGGAUGUCCAAAAAAAAAAAUAUCGAGCGACUUAAAAUUUUUCUCGGUUUUUGUAUCCAGACUUUUAUUCCCGGAUCUCAUAAUGGACACGAGGCGGGGUUUCCCUCGUGAAUUUAAUCUUGAUGAAUUCAUAAAUAUACGGCAUAACGCAAACCGGCCAACCCAUUAAGCCAAACGGGUUAAGUUUAACUCGCGUAUUGAUUUUCGCAGCGCGCGGCGCCGCAGUCAAACAUUUUUACGUUUGCGCGCGCGACGUCGCAAAAUCCCCUUCUACACCGACGAAAAUUAUUCAUUCCGAGGAGAGAGCGAGC